AUGCUGGUUGAUGUGGCGCAGUCAGACCCCGACGUUGGCGUGAAUAACACCCCAGCAAAGGCAGGCCCAACGCAGCCAUCAACAGACAGCUUCGUGGCAGAGGAUGCGGGGCCAAGAGCAACGGCUUUGACUGCUUCUCCAGAUGUGCCGGAUGCCGCCAGAGCAUUUCAGGCCUUGUCAACAUCCACAGCCUCACCGAAGUUUAGCUUCGGCUCGCGCGCGAAGGCAAGCCAAAGCAGGCCCAGAGCUCCAGGUCCCGGAAGUUAUAUGGAUCCGAGCGCAGACUUUAACUCCAGGCACAAGAGGCUGCCCCGCUUUGGGUUUGGCACAGACACCCGACUGGUCAAAUUGGUGAAUCGAACGCCUGGUCCUGGCUCUUAUGCGGUUGCCAUGGUCCUGGGGAGCGAUUCCACGAAGAUUUCGUGUACGCCCCGAAGGGAGGCGGAGCCGAAGAAGCCUCGCCAGAAGGCACCAGGUCCAGGGGCCUACAACUUGCCAGACUCUAGGAGAGGCGGUCCAAAGGUCAGCAUCACUCCCAGGCGAGACUGGCGGAGCCAGGACAUCCCGGCGGAGACUCCUGGCCCUGGGGAGCGCAUGCAUAACAGAUCUUCUAGUGCUAUCCUGCUAUGUUCAUGUCGUGCUGUGCAACAUGGUGCCUAG